GUAAAUUUUAGAAUUUAGGUUAGGUUUUCACAUAUUAGGUUUUGGCCUAGUUUCCUAUUUUUUUCUGGCAUAAGUGAUCACUACGAAGAAAACAAUCGAUGUCACUUUAGGAUAAUAUUGGCUCGGAAUCGAUAAUGAGCUCAUCUCGAUUCAAGGCCUCGUUGCCGCUGUUGAUACGGAUUACGCUGCAACCGAAGGCCGUAAUAUAGAAGACUUCUAUUUACUCAACUGUUCCUAUAAACUAUAAAAACUUGCUGCGACUCGCGAUGCGGCAGUUCCCUCAAGAUGAUUGGACUUCUUCUUGCGACGCUUGCGGCGUGCCUUCUCUCUUCGGAGGCGAGGGUCGUUUCUAGGAAAGAUCCUGUCGGAGGCGCUUGUAUUCUGGACUUGAAUACUGACUUGCCGAAGAAAAAUGAACCUCUUUUUCUUCAACGAUCUCCUUCCGGAUCCUUAGACCUGGUCUUGCCGGAAAUGGAAGGAAAACGAGGAGUCAUUGCUCUCAGGGAAGGCGAGCAAAUCUUGAUUUCUUGUCCUGGCAAGAAGAACCACCUCGCUAUCACUAACAGUGAAGCUUCCGGAGCUUCCUGCAAGGCUGGAAAGACCUUAUCCAUCGAUGGAUCCGACUAUUCUUCUCAAGACCUCGACUGUAGCUCCAGGGCUGGCUCCACCACCAGACCUACCCAGAAGAAGUGUGCUGGAGGAAAGGGAAUAAUCGUUGAACUGGGAUUCGAUGUCGAAGAUUCGUGGAUUCCGAUGAUCGAGACCUGCCACGACGUUGAGAACAGCAACUCCUUCUACUCCGUCCACACCAUCCACGGCGCCAUCAUGGGAGGCAAGGUCUACAGGACUACCGCGAGACCACUCUUCGCCAGGGGAGACAGCAUCUUCUUCAAGGGAUUCAAUCCAGAGCACGCCUAUGCCCAGAAAAACCAAAAGGACGUCCUCGCCCGUGAACUUGGAGCAGCCAACGCCAACAAAUACCUUCUCUCUCAGAAAACUUUCUUCUUGGCCAGAGGACAUCUCGCACCUGACGCAGAUUUCCUUUUCAGCGCUCAUCAGUUUUUGACCUACUUCUACGUCAACGUAGCUCCACAAUGGCAAUCUAUCAACGCCGGUCAUUGGCUCAAGGUAGAAGACAACACAAGGAAAAUCGCCAAGAGUCUCGGUGCUGACCUUCAAGUAGUCACCGGAACCGAAGGAGUCCUCACCUUGCCAGCAGCCAGAGGAGUGAAGGAGAUCAAGCUCCAGGGCUCCAGACUUCCUGUACCAAAUCACUUCUGGAAGGUCCUCAGGAACACCCAAGACGAUUCCUGCAUUGCCUUCGUCUCCACCAACAACCCCUUCCUUACAAGCCCACCCAAGACCCUCUGCAAGGACAUCUGCGCUGAAAGUAAAUGGCCUAAGCUCCAAGACGACUUAUCCAAAGGCUACGUAUACUGCUGCCGAUACGAAGACCUCAAGCAGGCCGUACCUGAAAUGCCUAAUCUUACCUGCAAAUCUGUCCUCCGAGGAGACGCAUAAUUUUCAUAAAGGCCGAUUUGUAAAUAAAUACAAUGUCACCCUCU